CUUGCUAAUACCCGAACGUCAAUGAACAGCGACCAACGACAAUUCGACUCACCGAUGACAAAUCUCUACUUACUGCUAAACGUAUCGAUAGGUUAGAUCGAGUCCCAUCAACACGUUACUCGAGUGUCUGUUCGCAAAGCCCUAAAACCGGCCGCAACGCAGCUUAUGCUCGUCCUCGCUUUUCCAAGCGGGACUGAAAGAAAAUGUCCCUUUUACGAGUAACGUGAGUAUUUCGAACGUACGCACGCUCGCACGGGACAACCGUCUCGCGAGCGAGCGAGCGAGCAAAACAAAACGAAACGACAGCACUCGCGACAGCAGCGCCCUAAUCCGCCAUUUUGUUAUGUUGCAGGCCGCCCGAGUCAAGGAGCGUCUCGGAUGAACCAGCCGGUUGGAGUCACGCGUGCCGUACGAGGCGAGAUUUCACGGCGACUUCUCCGCGGUAUUUGCGCGAGGCUUCGGCCACGGUCGAGACACCGUCUCGUCGUUCUCGCGUGGAUUUCUUUAUUCGUCCGCUGACCGGGCCGCCCGGUUGACUAACGUGGUGCGGCAUUUCCUGAUUUCUCGUGUAUUUCCAACGUCGCCGCGAGACGUCUUCUCGUUUGACAGAUUGUCGGUGUGUGUAUGCGUCCGUUCCACGUGAAUUCUUUGUUGGGCGCCGGUCAUGUUUUCGACAAGUAUCGGAAUCGCGAGGUAGUAGCCGCAUAUCUGUUGCAUGGGUGGCCCCCCAUCUGUAAUGGCCGGGAAAGAUGGAAAGCUGGAGCCAAAAGAUGGGGAUGUCAUUCGGCAAGGAUUCAUGAUAAAACGGUCCCAAAACAAGAAACGCUUUACUCCAGUCAAUUACAAGCAACGAUGGUUUGUGCUGACCAAACGCUACCUUGUUUACUACGAUGGAGAUGGUGAGCGCCGUAAGGAACGCGGACGAAUCGCCGUGGAGAGCGUCCACGUGGUGGAAACGGCGAGCCUCGGGAAUAACAGCACCGCUGGCGGAGGCGGCAUCGGCGAGGUGGCGGGCGGCGACGCGGGCGGCGGAGGCGGCGGGGUACCAUCCGGGCUGCCCUUCCAGGUGGGAUACCGGGAAGCUGGCCAGGAGUACACGCUCUACCUCCUCGCCGCGCGCGAGCAGGAUCGCGCCGAAUGGAUACGCGCUAUACGCGCGGUGUGCAGUGAGAACCCGGGCUUGAGCGGGCGUUAUCACGCGGGCCUGUGGAGCGGCAAGCGCUGGUCCUGCUGUCGAUUAUCGACACGUUCCGCCGAGGGCUGCGAUACCUGCAGUUCCUGGUCCUCGAAGCCGUCGGCGAACGCCACGAAUCCGUCCUCAACGUCCUCCACUUCGGCGACAUCGACGUCCGUGCUCGGCAGUACCAACAACACGACGACCACCGUCACGUCCGACCGCUCGCAGCCGAUGAACGCCGAGGCGAACAACAAUCCGAUAGUCCAGACACGUUCAACGAUCGGUUCGUAA